AUGGAGGAGGCCAAGAGGAGGCCGCGCGGCGUGCUGGACCUGGAGGCUCAGUUCGCCUUCUUCCGUUCGCAGCACCGGCACCCGGUCAACGCCGCCGCGCACGCGCUGCUCGCGGGCCCCAUCCUCUUCGGCAACCUGCUCAUCCUCUACUUCCUGCCCCUGCCCUCCCCGCUCGACCCGGCCCUCGCCCUCUCCCUCGCCUACGCCGCCGCCUACCUCGCCGUCGACCGCCGCGCCGGGGCCCUCGCCGCGCUCCUCCUCCUCGGCGCCUGGGCCGCCAGCCGCGCCCUCGCCGCCCGGCUCGGCUUCGCGCUCGCGUGGAAGGUCGUGCUGGCCACGGAGCUCUUCUGCUGGACCUGGCAGUUCCUCGGCCAUGGACUCUUCGAGGUAACGUCUGAUUUGUUCCCUGAACCUCCGCCACGUUCCUGGUCACAGAAGAAAGGCCCAACGGUGAGUGAACUUCCGGCGGUGUUCCUGAUGGAGCCAUUCCUCAUCCUACUGCAGAUACUCAACAAGCUGUUUGGCUACGAGCCAUACCCUGGAUUCAGCAAGAACGUGGAUAAGAAGAUGGAGGCCGAUCUCAGGGAGAGCAGAGAGCUCGAGCAGAGGAAGAUCAACUAA